AUGAUGCAGUAUCAAGGCCACUACAAUGCAGGUGGCGAUCGCGUCAAGCGCGCCCCAAAACAACUUCAUCUUCAGAACGACAUCACGCCUGAGGAGGCGCAGCAGUACCUCAAGUCACUGCCCUUCACCUCACCAUCGCUGUCUGGACGCACCGCUGUCCUGCCACUAGUCCGUUACGAUGACCCUAGGUUUCGUGCAGCUGACGCUGGCCCUACCCUCGGCCACUACUGGAAGAAUGGACAGGAGAUCCAGAACACAGACGACUACGUUGAAGAGGUCUACAACGCCGCCCAGUACCACGGCCAGGACGGUCUAGGUCAAUACGCCUAUGGAUACGAAACUCCCGAAUCCUCGAAGGUUGAAAACCGUGAGGGCUCCGGUCUUGUGUCUGGAUCCUAUGUCUACAAGGCUGGAAGCAGCAACGAUCUUAUCAAGGUCCGUUACUGGGCUGACAGCGAAGGCUUCCACCAAGAAGACAACAUCCCUAAGGUUGAGCUGAAGCCCGCUGAAGAGACUCCCGCCCUUAGGGAAGCUCGUCUUGCUUUCGAGAAGGCAUGGAAAGAGGCAGCUGAAGCCAACUCCAAAGCCCCUACCGUUCCACCACCGGCAGGAAACUACAACAAUAACUACAACCAGUACCAGCCCUACGAGGCCCAGGCUUCUGAAUUGAACGGAGUCGUAGUGUCUGCGGAACAGCCUCGUGAAGGCAAGAACCUCGCUUACGCGCAAGCUCAAAGCGGUGCCUACAACCAGGGAGGCCAACAGUACGGCCAGCAACAACAGUUCGGUCAACAACAGCAGUAUGGUCAGCAGCAGCAGCAGCCACAAUAUGGUCAACAGCAGCAGCAGCAGCAGUACGGUCAACAGAAACAGUACGGUCAGCAGGAAACUGAGGAAGGCAAAUAUGAAGAGCCAGAACCAACCGGUCCCCCUCACGGAUUCUUCUACAGCUUCACCUACCCGGUCUCCAUCAUCGUCCCCAAGAAGGACUUGAAUGCUGACGGCUACCCAGUUGACCACGACACCGUUGGCGUUAACGGCCAAUAAGCAACCCAACUGACACUUCUGAGCAAAACUUUAUUUGAUACUAAUGUUUUGUCCAAAAGUGUGUUACGG